ACGUAUUUGGCUAAAAUGUCCAUCGAAAUUUUGAUUCGGAAGCACUUUUUCUUUUUGUCGUUGCAGCAAUAACAAAUGGGGACUUCGCUAAUUUGUUCAUGUUCAAGCGGCAUUCUAACUUCCGGUUAUAUUUUUGAAACUUUUUUUAUUCACAUUGUUAUUAUUGAACAAUGCAUGGCAUUUUCAUCAUUUUUUGAGAGCAUAAGGAAUUAUUUUAUGCCUAUUGAUAUGCCUAGAACACGAUCUGAACACAAUGAGACGGAAUCUGCCAGUUUUGAUUGGGGCCAUGAAGACAGUUUCACUGCAGCAGAAAUGGGUCAGAUUUCUGACCUCGAAAAAAGCAACAGCCCUGAUAAAAUCAGUGCUGAGUCCAAGUUGGAUAACACCUCUAAAACAAUUGUUAAUGGAAGCUUAUUUUGCAGUGGUGAGAAUGAUUCUGUGCAUACUUCUAAGAGACGGAGAAUCCACAUGGAUGUACAGCAAUGUAUGAACCACUCUAAUACGGCUGAGGGUGCUUCAUCUCUCACUCAACCAGCAAAUGUUCAAAAAUCAACAAAAGAUUCCAAUCGGGGCCUUUAUCCCAGAAUUCCUAAUAAGGGUUCGAAGAUCUAUCCAAAGCUACAUGGUCGUUUAAAUCCACCAGCAGCGUCAUCAUCAUCUGGUAUUCCUGGAGGUUUCCAGUCAGCAAGUCACCUUCUCGCAUCUUCAUCUGUAUUACCUUCACCGAAUCCACAAUCACCCCAAGAAGACAAAACUUCUGUAUCUGCAUCCAAAGACAAUACGAAUGAUGGAUAUUCUCAGCUGAAACCCCGUAGUAAACCAAAACUUCCAAUGCAGUCAAAUACCCUGAAGGAUUAUCCAUUCUUUCAUGUUACAAAGCAAAUUACAACAGUGUCUGAUAAUCCUCAUCCAAAGACUCCAACAAAAACUCCACCAAAAAUAACCAUGAUGCAUUCCCCUAUAAAACAAGUAUCUGACUCAAUAUAUAUUGAUGAUGGUGAGAAUCCUUCAUGUAGUCAAGGUGCGUCCCAAACUCAAAAGGAACACAAAUCAUUUAAAGAGUUAUUUAAACCAGAGAAUGCAUCAAAGAAAUUUAAGAGAAAUUCCAAGUACUCUAAACAAACCCCAUAUAAAAACUCAAAUCAUGAAACAAAUUCAAACGCAGUCACUGAACCGAAGCCUGAUUGUCCAGAAACCAAACCAGCUAUUGAAGACAAAUAUGGACUAUUAGGGACAGGGCAAUAUCCGGAAGAUACAACAAAUCAUUUCCUCUCAUUACCCGUUGAAGUGCUUGAGAAUAUAUUCUGUCAGAUGCCAAUGCUAGACUUAUGUUUACAUCUUAACAUAGUUUGUAAGCAGUGGAAUGCCAUCAUCUCAAAUGAAAAUUUUGUGCCAUGGAAGAAGAAAUAUCACAUGUUGAAGAAAAGAAGACCUCAAAAGGAGCUUGAGAUACGAACUAUAAUGAGUGAAAAUGGCAUGGCAACCAGAGAUAGCUUCCUUUUGGGACUUGUCAAGUACAUGAAGGGUUUCAAACUGGUCACGAGGUUCAAUACAAACAAAGACAGGUGUCUUCAGAAGCAUCCUAAAUACAGUUGGGCGUUAGCAUUGAUGAAGGAGAGAAUAAAUGAUGUCAUCACAAAUGAUGUCCCCAAUCCCUGGUGUAUGAUCGCUCUCCUCGUGGUUCUCAGUGAAAAUGUCCAAGACUGCCAAGAAAUAAUUAAAUGUCUUCUAAGCAAGGAUUCACAAUGUUCAUUGAUGGAGUUAUUAGAUUGUCUCUACUGCAUUCUAGCAUUCCUAUACACAUUCAAGGCAGUGCAAUAUAAUGAACCCUGGACUGGGAUGCAUUACAGACUCUAUUACGCACUGUACCUGUUUGAGAACACAUCUUGUUCCAAGUAUGGACAGCUAGCCAACGCUCUUUCAUCAAAGUCAGGCCAGCAAUCUAUACUCAAAUAUGGGAAUAUGGAGAGCAGUGUCCGCCUCACUCAUGAGCAGAUGAGGAUUUGUAAUCACAAUGUUGCUCGUGGAGAGAUCAUCAAGAUUGUGGCCUUCGCAGGUACUGGUAAGACGACAACACUCAUCAAGUACACUCAACUCCGUCCUAGUGAGAAAUAUCUUCUAGUCGUUUAUAACAAGUCAGUGAGAGAGCAUGCUAAGAGUAGGUUCCCCAGUAAUGUCAACUGUAUGACUGGACAUGCUUUAGCUUACAAAUAUGUAGGAUACAAGUAUAGAGCAGCUGGGAAAUUCAUAGGCAAUCUGAAGGUCUAUCCCAUUACACAAAUUUUGCCCCAAAGAAAGGGAGACAAUCUCUACUCCCGUGCAAAGUUUGUGAAGGACACCCUUGAGACAUUCAUGGCAUCUGCUGAUGACUUCAUCACAACACAACAUGUACCAGAGUAUGAAGUCACUGAUAAAAAUGAGAGGAAGGCCAUUCCACAAGAUGCUAGAAUGAGGUAUUCUGAAGAUGCUGAAUACAUCUGGGAGAGAAUCAAAGAUAAGAAAGACAAGGGCAUCUGCAUCCCUUUUGAUGGUUUCCUAAAGCUUUACCAGUUGAGUAAGCCAAGGAUUUGGGACUGUGAUUGCAUACUCAUUGAUGAGGCACAGGAUUUAACACCAGCUAUAACUGACAUCAUGUUGCGCCAGUCCCAGGCUAAGAUCCUAGUUGGAGACCCACAUCAACAAAUUUACUCCUUCAGGGGAGCAGUGAAUGCCAUGGAGAGAGUACAAGCCAGUCAUAUAUUCUAUCUGACACAGUCAUUUAGAUUUGGACCUGAAGUAGCAUUUGCAGCCUCUUGUAUCUUGGAACACCUGAAAGGAGAGAAGACAAAGACGCUAGUUGGAAAUGGAAUACCAGGGAGUGUACUGGGAGAGUCAAAUGGCCAGAUAGCUAUAGUCACGCGUACCAACUUCCAACUGUUCCAGGAGGCCGUUGGAUUAUGUAGCUACACAGAGAACAUCAGGAUUGCAUUUGUUGGGGGUCUAGAGGGAUUUGGAUUUGACAUAAUAGAUGACAUAUACACCCUCACCUUAUCACCCGAAGAGAGGAUAAAAGAAAAUAAGAAAAUACACAGUAAGUUUAUAGGUGGAUUCCAGUCAUUAGAUGCAUUGGAAAAAUAUGCAACAAAAGUUACGGACCAUGAACUUAAAGGAAAGAUUCAGAUUGUGAAGGUGUAUCGUCAUAGUCUACCGAUGCACAUUAGUAAAAUACGUAAGAAGGCUACAUCAAUUAUCGAAGUGGCAGACUAUGUAUUAACAACAGCUCAUAAGUCAAAGGGGUUGGAGUUCAACACUGUGAGACUGACAGAUGACUUCAGCAUUGUUCCUCAUGGACUUGGUGAACAGGAUGAGAAUAAUCUUCUCUAUGUGGCAGCCACAAGAGCAAAGAAAUGUUUACAGAUGAACAGGUCAUUGCAUCUGGUCUUGAAGCGUUCUGGGGAAAACUUCCAAUAUCCUAUGUGUACCGAAGCAUACAAGGAGAUGAAGAAACCCCCUGGAAAUGUAUUGAACUGUUUUGUCACAGGGACAGACUUCGAGCCACAAGCACUGGUUCUGGUCAGGAAAUCUGUUAAAUUGAUGAAUGAUGUUGAAAUGAGUGGAGGUCCAAUAAGUCCACAAUGCAUCAGUGAAGAAUACCCAAGCUUACGUCAGCUGAUUGGUCAUCCCAACACAGCCCCCUCUAAUGAAGAUGAUGCAUAUGGAAAUUAAUUAUCCAACUUCAUGCACCAAAAUGUACCUAAUUUCAUUAAAUUCAUGUUUGAAUAAAUCUACAAAACAUUUUGCAACAGUUUUGAUGCCUUGUAUUGAUAUACUAGGUGACAAGGCAACAGUUUUGAUUCCCUGUAAGGACAAUGAUAAGUCAUUCUACUGUCACAUAAAAAAUAUUUAUUUGAUCUCCAUCAUGUAAUGCAUGCCAUAUCAUACUAAAGUAAAACUUGGCACUUUUGGCAGACUUUGCCCAUUUCACAUUAUAAGAUUAUACAAAGACACUCAUGUUCGUGUGUGUAGUUAUAUCAUACCAAGAAAGUGCAUGAAAUGAUGGUGGAGAAUACGAGUCUUGGUCCAUUUAUACAUUUGUUUGGAAUGGAAAUUAUAUGAAAUCCAGAUUAUUUCAUGCUUAAAGCCUGAAAGCUUUAUGUUUGCAUUUUGUAUCAUCAUGUCAACUUCAGAAUCAGUCUGAAAGUAUUAGUAAAACUUUGGGUGCACUUUAUUUAUGAUCUCAACAAUUAAUUGGUCUCCAGAUUUUGGGGAAUGUAAACAUAAGUUAUUGGAUCCUGAAGUUUGUUUUUUGCAAAUUCAGCUGUUCUGAUUGAAUUAUAUCAGGAUAUUUUGUAGUAACUAGAUAAUGCAGCUGUAUAUUUUAACAAAGAAUAUAGCCUACUUCAUAUGCUUUUAAGAAAAUAAAUGAAAAACUAUUGUGUAUAUCUUAA